CUGACGUUAUUACUCUGCGACGUCCGUUUAUGCGACGCAUACAGCAAUGGCGAGCGGCAAAAAGAGUGUCCUGCUUUCCUCUUUGGCAGACUAUGGAGACGAUUCAGAGCCUGACUCUGACCCCGAACUAGAAGAGACGGGGGGUGGUGGUGGUAGCGGAGGAGGCCUGGUGUACAGCUAUGGUGAUGAUGACCUGAACCGAACUGAGGAUGUCGAAGAAAAGGGGUCUGGAGAUGAAGACAGCAGAGAGAGCAACUCGGAAAUGGACGAAUCUGACGAGGGGAGGGACGCGGAUGAUGUUGAGAUCUCAGAAGUAGAAAGAAAGGACCCCAAUGAGCUUGUUGCUCUCUUCUCAGAGAAGGUGAGGAACAUGUCACCUGAUGAUAUCAGGGUCCCCCCCGCGCCCCCUGGACGCUGCUCGAGCCAACUACAGGACAAGAUCCACAAGCUGUAUGAGAGGAAGCUCCAUGGAGAUUUUGACACAAACAGCCACAUCCAGAAAAAGAAAGAAUUUAGAAACCCAAGCAUUUACGAGAAGCUCAUUCAGUUCUGCAGUAUAGAUGAACUGGGAACUAACUACCCAAAAGAUAUGUUUGAUCCUCAUGGCUGGUCAGAGGACUCUUACUAUGAAGGUUUAGCCAAAGCCCAGAAAGUGGAGAUGGACAAGUUGGAGAAAGCCAAGAAGGAGCGGACCAAGAUUGAGUUUGUCACAGGAACUAAGAAGGGGUCCAACCCCUCCAGCACAUCAGCCCCCACCACCAGUAACAGCACCACAACCACCGCCACAGCAGAAGCCCAGAAGAGGAAAAGCAAAUGGGACUCUGCAAUCCCCGUGACCCUGGCCCAGCCCACCAUCAUCACUACCACCGCGACACUGCCCGCUGUCGUGUCCGUGACAACUACUGCUAGCGGCACCAAGACCACGGUCAUCUCUGCAGUGGGCACCAUCCUUAAGAAGGCAAAACAGUGAACACACAGAAUGGGCAGGAACAUGGUUUGACAAAAGAGUGGGCGAAACAAUGACCAACAAAGCUGGAGGAAGCAUUUUCCUGUGCUCUUUAUGUAAGUGAAAGCUCGCAGACAGAGGACAAAUGAACCGGUGGAAACAUUUUUAGAACCAACCUACCAAUGCCCUCGGCUACACAUGGACUAAUCUAAAGACUGAACUGCCUUCUAUCUCUGGGAUUGUAUCUGCAUUAUUGCAUCAUAAAGUCAAAUUCGCAGAUUGGUGAAAAUACUAUAGAUCCUCUGAAAGUGUGAUACAUGCAGAUCUCAUGCUGAUAAAACACGUCUGUUUUUUUUAAAUGUUUGCGAUAGUUGUCAGUUUAAAACAAGAGAACAAGUGUACGACAAUGGCUGAAUAAGAAAAAGCGCCCCAAAUAGUUAAAGAUAUCUGAAAUGAUUUUAUUUUACUAUCCAUAGUACUGGUGUAGUAUUUUCAUGCCUCUUGUAGCAGUUAUGUGAAAAAGCCCGACCUGCGCAUCAUAUUUUUUUUUUUCUUCAUUGGCACAUUGACAUCUUUACGGUAAGUUUUUUUACGCUUGUACAUAUGUAUUGACGAUAAGGUGAAUAAAUGAAUCAGAUGUUGCCUUUUCA